UUGUAUCAUAUUAUAUCAUAUUGUAUCAUAUUAUAUUAUAUUGUAUCACGUUAUAUUACAUUGUAUUUCAUCGCGUGGAGUUCUGUCUGGUGAAGAAGGUAUAAAUGAUUAAAAGCAAAACUUGCAGGGACAGCUCUUAUAUGGCUCUUGCAAACAUUAAAAAAAAGAUCUCCGAGAACUUCUUCUUCUUCUCCUUCUUCUUCUUCUUCUUUUUCUUCUUCUUCUUCUUCUUCUUCUUCUUCUUUUGGUGCAGGCCAGUUCUACCUCUUUUUCAAUUCACCGCAGAUUUCCAGUGGGCGCGGUGGGUCUUCGUUAUGGGCGGUUUUUUCUUAAUAGCUGGAACACAACAGGUCAACUACAUGUACGCUCCCGAGCUGUUCCCGACGGAGACCCGAGCGAGGGGCUUUGCCUUCGUGCAGCUCAUAGGCAGCAUCGGCACCAUCUGCGUGCCCCUCAUCACAGACGUCGUGUCGUACUACGCGUGGUGGGCAUCGAGCACGGUGUUCGGGUGCGCGGGGAUCCUGGGCAGCCUCCUGGUGUUCUUCCUGCCCGAGACGAAGGACCAGCCUCUCCCCGAGACGCUGCAGGACGUGAGCUCCCGCUGGAGGAAGACCAUCCGGAGGGCGAGUCGCGGAUCCACGAACUCGGCCUUCGUGAUAGACUUGGAGGCCGUUCGCCAAGUGAAAAAGUCUUAGAACGACCUAAAUAACUUUCAUUCUUGUAGCUUCGUCCAGCGCGUUUGUCCGUCCAUGUCAUCUUUUUUUAUUUUAUUUUAUUGAAUAUUGUGUGUACGUAUAUUCCCUGUGCUUCAUAUAUCCGCGUUUUAGUGUGUUUGUCUGUGAAUGUUUUACAUGUUUGCGUCAUCGGUCGAGGGCCUGUAUUUUUUUUUUUUUUUUUUUGUAUGCAAAUAUUUUCAACAGGACUCACUUAAAGACUUCAGAUCUUUAUGCUUGACACCUAUGAGACGUUGAGGCAAUAUAGAAAAGGCGAUAAUCCUUUUCGUCUCGAUAGAUUUCUCUAGAGAUGAGCAGCGGCCGUUUCGGGAGAGGUAAAAGGAAAGUUCUGUACUUAUUUUCUGCGUUCGUUCGUUUACACGCACACACACA